GACAUCCAGCACUUUGUAGAGAAGGUCGUCUUCCGCCUGCACGAGAGCUUCCCCAAACCCAAGAGAGUAUGCAAGGAGCCUCCGUACAAAGUGGAGGAGUCGGGCUACGCAGGUUUCCUCAUGCCUAUUGAGGUUUACUUCAAGAACAAGGAGGAGCCCAAAAAAGUGUGUUUCAACUACGACCUUUUCCUCAACUUGGAGGGCAACCCACCAGUCAACCACCUGCGCUGUGAGAAGCUCACCUUCAACAACCCCACCAAAGAAUUCAGGAGAAAGCUGAUCAAAGCUGGAGGGGUGUUGGUGGUCCCCGAGGGGGCGGAGGCCAUGUCAAGGCCAAGCCCAGACUACCCCAUGCUCCCCACCAUCCCCCUCUCUGCCUUCUCAGACCCCAAGAAGACCAAGACCUCUCACGUGUCAAAGGAACCCAGCAAAGAAGGAAGUGGAGGCAGCAGCAAAGGACCCAAACCACACAAGUUAACCAAGGAGCACCGAGAGCGGCCACGCAAGGACUCUGAGAGCAAAGCCGCUUCAAAAGGAGACAAUGAUCGAGACGGAAGCAGCAAGCCUGGCCGCGAUCCUUCCUCUUCCUCGUCCUCGUCUUCAAAAAAGCCGUCAGACAUCAAAGUGAAAGAUGAAGUAAAGGUCCUCCCCAAGGCGGCCUUCAAGGAGCCUAAAAUCACACUGAAGGACUCAAAGAUGGAGGGGAUGUCUCCGAAAGGAGGGGGGGCCGGUAGCGGCGGAGGAGGUGGGGGAGGAGGUGGCGGCGGAGGGCCGCCGGAGCCCAAAGCACCGGGGAAACGACCGUCCACGGUGGAGUCUCCCAAACCGAGCGCUAAGAAGCAGAAGAAGGCGAGCUCCGAGGGGCCGAAAGGGCCCGCCGGCAGCGGGGCCUUCACAGGAACCUCCCCCCGUGUGUCGUCCUCGUCCGCAGCAAACCAGUCGUACGCUGAGAAGAAGCCUCCGAAGGAGAAGGGUCGCUGGUUCCCGAGCAAAAACGACACGCAGGAACUGAAAGAGGCCAAGAAACUACAAGACUCAGAAGAGUCGAAUUCAGAGGAUGAAGCAUCGUCAAAAUCAGAGUCGGUUCCCUCCAGUCCUUCCACUCAAAGCUCCAGUUCAGAUUCCAGUUCAGACUCUGACUUUGAGCCGGGACAGAAAGUGUCUGUCCGAAAAAGCCCAGAUUCCUCGUUUCGCUCGGAGAAGGUGAUGAAGAAGGGAUACGACAAGGCCUACACAGAAGAACUGGUGGACCUCCACCGCAGACUGAUGGCAUUAAGGGAGCGUAACGUCCUGCAGCAGAUCGUCAACCUGAUCGAGGAGACGGGCCAUUUCAACGUGACCAACACCACCUUUGACUUUGACCUCUUUUCACUGGACGAGUCCACCGUCCGCAAACUACAGAGCUACCUGGAGGCGACCACGUGACAGGAAGUGGAAGCCGGCCCGCGGAUGGCGGAGACGGGUAGCCAGAUCCGUCGCAGCUCUUUCGUGGGACUGACUGAACCUUCGAACAAGCACACACGAAGACACAACUCCACCACCUACGCUCGACGCCGGGGAGAGAGCCGGAGGAGGAGCAGCGGGCGUGGAAGGAGACGCCGGAGCGGCAGAACUCCGUCUGCAGUCAGGAUUUUCACUACGCGUCUCUCGUCUCGCGUCUGUGCAGUGGUGUGGAAUUCACCCCACAACCCCUCCUCCACCCUCCUGCACCCUCAUUGCUCCCGCCUCUGCAAACCUAAUACUUCCCCCUCCUCCUCUUCCUCCUCUACAUGCACACUCCUUACUCGGCAGAACACUCCGAUUCUUCCCCCCCACCCCCGUUGUCAGCUGGAGCUCAUUUCUCUCUCGACAUCUUGAGUUGUGUGUGUGUGUGUGUGUGUGUGUGUGUGUGUGUCCGAGCAUGUGUGUGCAAGCACUGCUGAGGUUUAAGGGGAGAUGUUGUCUUUGUGGUUACUGACUUCUCUGUUUGCUUGAACACAAACAGCCAGUUUGAUGCUUCCCCCGAGCGUACACCAACAUAUAAAGAAUUAAGGUAGCACUUUACUUUAUUAGCCACCUGUUUAACAUUAAUAGGUACAUAAACUUCAAACAAAUGGAUUGUGACACACUAUAAUGUAGUUGUAAGCAGAUGCGCGUUUCCUCAUGUUAUCAUAUUGAUCAGAGUUUAGGAGUUAAAGACUUUUAGUUCUUCUUGUUUUAAGAGGUUUUCAUGCAUGGAGCAGUUCUUCUUCUCUUGUUUUCCUCUCACACGUUAGAGCAGUAAAAGAUUCACUUACUGAAAAUACUACUAACGUGGUUUGGGCAAGGGUUGCAGUCGCGGCGUACGCACCAGAGCGUUAGCUGCUCUGUUUGCACGCGAUCGGACACGAUGAGAACGUUUCAGAAGAACGCUGCGCACCGGAGAGGUCCGGUCUGAUAAUUGUGCUCAUUACGUGUGACAGCUCUUUGCCACUUUUUGUUCUAAGCCUGGUUUGGGUCUCUGCAGUAAAGAUUUGGGGACUGGUCUUUCUUGAAUUCAUUCCUUCCCCUCUGUGGCAGUAAAAGAUGGCGCACGCGUCUUAGAAACUCCUGUAAAUAAAAGCCAGAAAGCCUUUUAGUCCCGACUCUAAGCUACAAACAAAGGCGGCGUCCUGUAGGAGAAACGGAUCAUACACUAGACAACUGUUAUAUUUUACUUUUUUUUAAAUAGAAAUAAGUUUGAGUAACGUAGUCCCGUUUCUUGGAUUAUACUCAUCGUCUAAGGUCAAAGUGUCUGUCUGAACAGCGGGUGUGAAACCUCGGUAAUUAUAGUGUGUUAUAAACCAGUUGUUGGGUAUUUGCAGUGCUCGCGAAUGCUCAGCGUGAGGCUUUAAAGCAAAGCGGUACCGAGAUUCGUGCACAUGUUUGCCUCCCGGGUCCUUCCAGCUUGAACACUGUACAUGAAGACACUGAGUCGUGUGCUGUUUGUGUGCGUGACUGAGCUUUCUGUCGUCCGAACAUCUGAAAGCGUUCUCCUCAGUUCCCCCUCUCCUUCCUCGCACUGAAAGCUGAGCCUUGACCUCCUACCAACAGCGACCCCUCCCUUCGCUCCAUCCCUCCACUUCACCCCCCCGUCGUCCACCUCCUCCCUUCCUCCCAUAUCGGCGUGCAUGAAAGGGCUCGACUGCUCGCAGCCGGAGCAGCGGAGGGUCACUCCUGAAUUGCCUUUUAAGUGUUGGGUCGGGCACGGUAAGGUGGGGAGAAAUGGGGGGAGGGGGGGUUUAAAAAGCCGUGAAAAAGUAGCCAUACUUGUCUCCCUGAUUCCAAAAAUUACAAAAAAUAAAUAAAAAAUAGGGGCCACGCUUUUUUACAUUUUAUUUUUCUACAAGUGCAUUUUGUGUAUUUAUUCCCAGAAAACCUGUGAGCUAUGAAUGUAUAUCGCUUUUACUUUUCUACGGCUAGAAACAGCCCCACUCUAGUGCCUUUUUCCUGCGACUUGCAGUGUGUAUAUGUGUGUGUGAGUGGGGAGGGGGUGUGCUCUGUUAGGCAUGCCCACGCAGAUUGAACACCCCCACCCCAGCCCCCUCCUCCCCUUGGGGAAACUAGUAUUAAUUGGACUGCCUGACGAUCCAGUAUUUUCCUAAUAGCUUCCAUCCCUGCUUCUCCUCUGUAUCUCUGUAGGCUGUCGUCCCUUUUUAUCGAUAAUAUUCCCACUCAUCGAGCCCUCUGGGAAUUUUCAGAAGGCGGCCAAGAUUUUGUUGGCCAGUUUUGGAAUUAGGUGGUAGUUCCUUCCAGUGCGUGCUGUUCAAUAGGCUCCUCCUUCAAGCAGCGUUAAGCGUACCAGCUAACAGCCAAGCGUCCGAUAUCAACGGCAUCGCUAAUAGAUGUGAAUGCAAGAAAAUAAAGACGCUGGUCUUUAUAUCAGGAAUCGGACUGAUGGUCUCACAAAGCUGGCUUCUUCUAACUAAUCGGAUCAGUGACUGUACGCUGCGUGGCUCAGUCUGUUUAAAAUAAUGAUGGUGAUCAACAUAUUGGCUUUAUGUACUCAAUAUCGCAAACAUUUAAGACGUGUUAAAAAUAGUUUAUCCCAGAGGUAGUGAUAUUAGAGACUAGACUGUGUUUUGUUUGUUUUAAAGCCAAUAUUGAUAUUAAAGGCUUUCAAUAAUCUGAUCUAAUUAUAAUGUAAGUUUAUGUUGAGCGGUUUUCAUUUUCUUCCCCGUUGCUCUGCGGUGCUUCGAGCCAGAUCUUUGGUGUUUGCGAGCCUACUUCGGCUACGUAAGCGUGCUAGCCGUGGUGAUUUAUGCAUUAAUGAUCAGGACCGAGUCAACAGAGCACUCGAACAAAGUCAGAAGUGACAAUCAUCAGUAACGCCCGCUUUAAAAGUUCAUUGGAAAGCACGUCGACGCACUGAAACGGUGUUAAAUGAUGGAGGUCGACGGCUGUAAACGAUGAGGUUUCGUGUAGUUGAGAGUACUUUGCACAGUGAUUUGAACAAUUGAACUCUAAUUGAAUUGGCAAAAACUAUCCUCGCGUGUUUAGUGUGACCUCAUUUAACAGACACCAUCCCACCAGGUCGGAGAAGCUCCGCCUUCUCCUCCCGCGGUGGACUAAAGGCCAAUCAUUUGUAUGCAAUAGUUUUCUUUGCAUCAAACCGUACUGUAAAAAGAUCAACAAACCAGAGAAGCACAAAUGUCGCUUUCUUCACUCUGUGUAAUCGAGUCCACUGUAAUAUCUACUUAUUUUUAGCUCUUAGUGUUUGAUUGUUUCUCUUUACAUUCUUUGUAUUUACUGUAUAUCGUUUACUUGUUUAUGUUUUCUCAGACUCUGUCUAUGCUCUAUAUAUCUAUAACGCUGCUGCAGAAGUUCCCCCUAACGGGAUCUUCAGUUUUAUCGAACAUUAACGACACUACUCUUGAUCGUGAGUAGCUUCCUGUUGCGUAAUCUGAACAAACGUCUGCUCGACACGUUCAGGAGCCAGUUUUGUGAGGCCCAAACGAGUCAGGACCGAGCGCGAGUUCUGGACUUAUUUGGGGCCUCGAUGUUGGUUUUUGUGGCCCCCUUUAGGCUUCACGCUCUCAGACACCAGCCCACUGAUCUCCUUCCUCGCUUUUCCUUUUCCUGUG